GCCCCUCCCCCCACUCCAUCUGCUCUCAGCCCGGCCGGGGGAUCACAUUGUAUUACCCGGAGCUCCCCGCACGCUGUAACCGGGCUCCUGCCCUCGGGAUGCCCCCGGAUGGGUCUCUGCUGCUGGGGGAGCUCCGCUCCUGUUGGCAAGUCCCGGCCAUUGCGCAUUUCUGCUCCUUGUUCCGCACCGCCUUCCAACUGCCCGACUUCGAGAUAGAGGAGCUGGAGGAGGCCUUGCAUGGGAAUGACGUGGAAUUUCUCAGUGAAUUGGUGGCCUGUCUCCUGCAGGGCUGUUAUCAGCGCCGUGACAUCACUUCGCAGACGUUCCACGUGUACCUGGAGGACAUUAUCAGCUACCGAUGGGAGAUGGAAGAAGGGAAACCCAACCCCCUUAGGGGAACCACCUUUCACCAGUUGGAGCUGCGCCCCAGGCUGGAGAUCCUCCACCGGCUCUGCGACUACCGACUGGACGCCGACGAUGUGUUUGACCUGCUGAAGGGUUUGGAUGGAGACAGCCUGCGUGUGGAGCCUCUUGGGGAAGAUUCCUCUGGGAAUUUAUACUGGUAUUUCUAUGGAACCCGGCUAUAUAAGGAGGAGCCUUCCUGGGAGAAGAGACAGCGCCUUCUGGAGCAGACAGUCAAGAUCCAAGAGAAGCCUGUAAGGAAGAGGGGUCGCCCACCCAAGAAGAAGAAGUCGGCUGAAGAGCCUGUGGUCAGUGAGAAAACGGACCCCAAGUCCCCAGUUCUGGAUGAAAUAUCAGGAGAGAAGAAAGACUCCUCCCCCGGCGAGGGCUCCUGGUCUCUCCUGUGCCAGACGGAGCAGGAAUGGAGGGAAGUCGCCGACAGCUUCAGGGAUAAGGUGUCCCAUAAUGAGCGUCAGCUCUACAAGCUCCUGAGCGAGGAAUUCCUUCCGGAAAUCUGUAACAUGAUCUCCCAGAAGGAAACAAAGAUCCAAAAGGAACAAGCUGAGUUUGCAUCCAAGAGAUUAUCUGAACGCUCUGGGCUCCAUUUUCCUGAGCAGGAUCACAAUCUUUUGGGAGGUCAUGAGACAGAUGAGGAGAGGCGCCUCCUGCUGGUUGUGCAGAGGAAGGAAGAAGAACUCUUACUGAAGGAGGAGAGGGAGAGAGCUUUGGAAGAGAGGGUGAAGUCUGUGGAAGAUCGCGCCCAGAGGAGGAAGUUGAGGGAAGAACGGGCUUGGCUUCUGUCCCAGGGCAAAGAGCUCCCACCAGAACUCCGGCACCUGGAACCCAGGUCCCCUAUGGGAAUGGACUGCCGAUCUGGAGACCUAUUUGGCUUUGAGCUGGAUGAUCAUUACACAGGAAUGUAUAAAGUUCUGGACACGGUGAAAGCUCACAAGGAUUCGUGGCCGUUUCUUGAACCAGUCGAUGAAUCCUACGCCCCAGAUUACUACAACAUCAUUACGUGCCCAAUGGAUCUAUCCAGGGUGGAGCAGAGACUCUGUUCCGGGUACUAUCUCACCAAGGAGCAGUUUGUUAAUGACAUGAAAACCAUAUUCAGGAACUGUGCAAAGUACAACGGCCAGGACAGUGAAUACACCGAGAUGGCAGAAAACCUGGAGCGCUGCUUUAAGAAGGCCAUGCUCAAGCACCUUCCAGAGGACGAGGGGGAUUCCGACGGAGACAUUUGGAUUCAGGUGGAAGAGAAGGAGAGGCCUACAAAGAGGAAGAGCCUAGGAAGGCGCUCGAAGGCAGGGGGCUGGCGGAAAAGCAGAGAGGAUAGUGGGAGGAAAAGGCAAUCGAGUGAAAGCAGCAGAGCCAGUCCUUCCACUCCGAGACCAGAGGAGAGUGAGAGACAUUAUGAUCCUCCUGCUAUGACAUCAUCAUACCCUCACCAGCUGCACUAUGGGGGCAUGCCCCGGCAAUCCCUCCAUCCAAGGGACAUGCCGUCAGCCCCAGGGAUGCACGCGCCUCUGAGAAAUUCGGAGCCUGGCCUCAGUUACAGAGCACUUAGAUUUCCAGAACCGCAACUUGGAGAUCCUGUACGGCAAAUCCAAAGCUACAGAACUCCGGCCUCCCCUGACGUUCCUGAAGCAUCGGACAGUAACCCAGCUAAUUUCAGACAUUCCCGAGGUCCCCACAUCCCACCCAGAAUGAGCACCCCUUCACAGGAGGGUGGGCAUCUGUACCCCCAAGCACAAUACCCCAUGGGAUACAUGCCCCAAAUGAGACCCGCUCUUCCAGAUGGUAGAACUCAAGGCCCUGGCUCUGCCCCAAUUAAUUUCGGGCAGCCAUCUCCUGCUUGGAAUGGAAAUUGUCCUCCAAGGCCCCAACACUUCGCUCCACCUAUGGACCCUCGCAUGGUGAGACCACCGGACUCCAUGUACAAUGGGAGGAAUACAUUUGUCUCAGCUGGAAACUCCAUGAUGGACAGUCCGGAGAUGGUAGCCAUGCAAAGACUUUCAUCCCUUGCUGGUCCUCCAAGCUCUCCCUACCCCUCACCCUUUCCCCCCACUGGAACAACAAAUGGGGCAGAUAUGGGCCAACCCCCUGCCAUGGAUAGAAUGCAUACGUCUGCUCCAGGAGAGAAAGGUGCAGAUCCCAAACCCGAGGCUCCUCCCACGCAAGCCCUUCAGACGAAUGGGGAUGUUGGUUAUUCGCCUAUGUGCCGAGUCCCCCCUGAAAGCCAAGGGAAUCCAGACAGUGGCACCUCCAGAGAUCAGGAAAAGCAAUGGGGUCCUACAGAUGCCACCCAGGAUGUUCCAACUGCAGCCAACCCAGCACACCACCAGGGCCCAAAUAAUGUUGUGGAGAACAGGAAUGUGGUGGAAGGGACAGCAGAAGUUGGGCAAUCCAAGGAAACGAUGGAGAAGACCCCUAAGACUGAGCCUUUAACAGCCCCUCGGAAGGAUGUGGUUCACCCCCAACCAGGGGCAGAAACUGGCAGUAGUUUGUCCUCCUUGUUAUCCAUUGGGGGCAUUAAACCAGGUCCCUCCCAUAAUCCUGGGGCUGUUAGACCUCCUGGGGCAUAUCCUCCACAUUUUCCAUCUCAGAGAUUUGGUAAUGGACAUCCUCAAAUUGCCCCAGGGUCAUUUCCCAGAUACCCCCACCAGGACCCACCUUAUCCUUAUCAACAGCACCCGCAGCAAGCACCCUAUCAGCCUUAUCAGCGCCCUCCCUAUUACCCUCAGGAAUAUCCACGCUGGCCCCAGCCUCCUCAGCAGAGAGGUACCUAUCCUCACCCAGGUGCCCCCCCAAAUAUGCAGGGAAUGGGGGAACUGAGGAGCUUAUUAAUGUCCCCAAUUCUGGAGGGAGGGCCCAAGGCAAUGGCAGGGGAAGCAAAAGUGCAGGCAGAGGAGGAAGGACAAACGACUGGUGUAGGACAGACAGACCGGCCUGAGAGCCCCAAACAAUUCCUGGACUUGGACAGUCACAAGAGACAGUGCGGGAAUUUUGGGUAUGGAGGGCCACAGCCUUGGGGGAAUGGUAACUUCCGACCCCACCCUAACAUGAUGGCUCAGCCUCCCUAUCCACCUCAGCACCAUUACCGACCUCAAGGCUACCCCCAGCCCCCUGUGCAUCCCAUGCGGCCCCCUGGUCCAGGUGAGGCUAAUGGGCCCGCUGCUCUGCGGCCCGGCUACCAGAACCUGGAUCAUAGCAGAGGCCACUUUCAGGCUGUCAUGAUGGAGCAAAGUGGCAACCCUUUCCAGAAUAUGUACCGACCCCAGCGGAUGCCGUUCCAAAUGCAACCUCCAGCCUUCCCCAAAUCCACUGCACAAGGGGACAUGGUACAGAAACCCCCAUCUGUAUCACAGGAUCAGGCAACAUGUGAGUGAAUCUCAGGAACACCAGGGUCUCACUCCAGUAGAAGCCUCGGCUCAGUGCCGCUCCAUGAUCCUGUAGCCUUGGCUAUCCUGUGCCUUCAGGGACUCUCUUCCAAGUACCCUCCACCCUACGCGCCCGCUGCAGGACCUUUGCCGCCAUCUUACACUGUAAAUCGGAACAAGCCAGUCCUUCCCGAGGCGGCACAGAGGACAGGGCAUCUCAGGAAAUUUGAGUAGCGUCGUUCUUGCACCUACUCGUGUCUGUUUACACAUUUCAGUUUUGCUGCCUUUUUUUGGAUUUUGUUUUUUGUGUUAGUUUUAAUUAUUUUAUUUUCUGAUUUUGACGAAUGUAUUGUACAUAAUUUGCCCCCCAUCCCCUAACGUGUCUGAUCCGAUUUCCCUUGUGGACAAAGAAAUCAUUAAGGCUCCGAGUCCGGUUAGUUCCCCUUUAAAGUAGACCACACUGGAUAAAAUGUUGCCGUUUAUUUUGGGUUGUUUUCCCCCUUUAAAUUAACACAGAUUGCAUGGCCAGAAUAUGGUGCUUAUCCCUUUAAUGAGUCGGAUGAGUGCCCAUUGCUGUGAUGAGUUAAAUGCCCUAAUGUUAUUCGCUUGCUGAGGAUGAUGGGAAUUGUAGGCCAGAAAGAGACUGUUUUAUUUAUUGCUACAGCUGCUAUUGGCAUUUUAUAGUUCUACAAUCCAGUCCUGGUCCCUGUAUUGGAGUAAACACAAUGCUGAGAGUUGCAGUUCAUGGAUUCCUCUUAUUGAUAAGUUCUCUCCCUGCGUAUGGAACAUCCCUGCCUAUUUGCAAUUAAUGGACAAGUCAAGUCAAAUUAAUGUAAAACUGCUCUGCUGAGCACUUUUGCAGUUUGCAUUAAAGGAUAAGUAAAACUUUAAAAUAAGUGAAUGUAAAAUUGAUGAGAGUGCUAUUCUAAGCCCUUUUGUCAUUUACAUUCAUUAUUUAUUUUCUU